UCCCUUACCACAGUGCCUUUGUUGUUUAUACAAUUAAUCAGUAAACGAAAGAAGGACGCGGUGUCAAUCAGCAACAAUUUGUAUGUGAGAAUAAAAGUCUGCAAAAGUCUGCCGCAAGAUGAACAACAAGGAUCGAUACAUAAUCAACACUAAUUUGGAUAGACUUGUGAACAACACGAACUAUAAUGCAUUGCGCUCGGAAUGCAUACAACGAAAUAUGCUCUCACAGACAAUGGCGUCUCGUAUCGAGGUUAUGGCUCAAGAUGAAAUAACGCGACAUAAAAAAUUGUUCGAAAAAAUUACGAAACGCGGUCCGAAAGCGUUCGAUACGCUGUUGAGCAUAUGCCAGCAGAUGUUUCCCAAAGCGUAUUCCAUACUGAAGCCUUCCUCGAACGACCAUCAAAUGCAUUCCACGCACAAUCCCCAGCGCGUACGAUCGGUGAGCUGCAACGUGGCCCCGAAGGUGUACUCAUACCGUGGCCAAGGUGAUGUAGAGGAUGGUAAAGCUAGCAACCUCGCAUCAAACACGCUGGUCGAGGAAAGCAAACAUGUGCUGGAAGUUUAUCCCGACAUUCUCCCGACAUCGUUCUCCGUUAAGCUUUCCGCUGGCCCGACCGAAACGCACCCGAAAGUACCGGCAUAUCCGAUGAAAAGUCGCAACCGGGGAGUUGCUUUCAUUGUAAAUGUGAUCACAUUUCUGAAGGAUGUCCAUCCCAAAAGAAAUGGUGCCGAUAUCGAUGGGAGAAAUUUGAUCUCUGUAUUCCAGCAGCUGGGAUUCGUUGUAUUCUAUUACGAGGACAUUACGAUGGGCGAUUUGAAGGAACUGUUGAUACAGUUGAAAGAUUCGGAACACUUGUCCUGCGAUUGCUUUGCCUUUUACAUACUUUCCCAUGGAGAUCAUCGGAAGGGCAGUGAUUACAUUUUCCUGCACGACAAUUCAGUUCUGCGCGUCGAAGAUCUGCUGACCGAGUUCAAUACCGUUAACUGUACCAAAUUGAUUCGCAAACCGAAAUUGUUCUUCAUUUCAAUUUGUCGUGGCGUGCAAUCCGAUUUAGGAUCGUACCGUUUGUCAACGAAUACGGAGAGCGAUGGGAUGAUUGAUUUGAAGAAACCAUUACCAUCGAACAUUGCCACCUACUGUGACAUGCUCGUGUGUUAUGCGACGGUGCCAGGAUUUGCCGCACAUCGCGAUACCAACACGGGUUCAUGGUUUGUCGAAAGUAUGUGCAAAAUUUGGUCAGAACAUGCACACGAUACGGAUGUGGAGAUACUGAUGAAGCUGGUUGGUGAAUAUGCUGCCACUUAUCGUACGGAGGCAGCCGCAUUGCAGACCAUCUGUACCGAGCAGAGAGGAUUUUUCAAACAACUGUACUUAAAUCCUGGCUAUUAUGAGUAUCCUUCGGAAUUGUGAAUAUUUAAUUCCUAUCGGGAAGAAAUCACUUAUAGAGAAAAAUGCGUCAGACGGUAGGAGUAGCAUUUUUUCUUCAUGUAUGUGAAUGGUUUUUUUUUUCUUAUAUGUACUCUAGUGCCUUACAUGUAGAGAAGGUGAUAUUUCAAAACUUUACUUUCUUUUUUUAUAAAUCCUGCCAAGAAAUACAUAAACUUAAUGUACUACAACAGAAGACAGUAUAAUAUCAACAUAUGUACAAUGUUAGCAUUUUGUGCGAGAAAAUUUUCAUUGCAAUAAAACUUCUUUAGUCUAA